UGGUGGAGACGUCGGGUCCGCAGAGCCGGAGCUCUAGUUAGGAGAGACCGCCUACUAUCCCCAACUGUCCCCACGGGGCGGGACGCUGGGGUGGACACUUUCGGAGAGAGAUAGGCCCGGUGUGUUAGGGAGCCGGGUCACCCCGUGUGAUCGGGAGCAGGGUGUUUAGGACCCAGGGGCAGCCCGGGGCGGCCCUCUGGGCCGCAGGAGAUCCUCCCCCCGCCUCUUCCCCGCCGGGUGAGCGGCUCAGAUGUCCGAGUAGCGGCGGCCAGGGCGCUCCGCAUCUUCUGUCUGCGGCGGUGGUGGCUAGCGGCCCCGGCCCCGGCCCCGGCCCCGGCCCCCUCCCCCAACCCCAUGCCUCAGCUCUAACCCCGCUGCCCUCCCCCGCGGAGGGCAUUUCCCCGUGUCCCUUGCGCGCCCCGUCCAAGUCAGGCGCCAUGAAUGACCAGUACCACCGGGCGGCUCGGGAUGGCUAUCUGGAACUCCUCAAGGAGGCCACCAGGAAGGAGCUGAACGCUCCCGACGAGGACGGCAUGACCCCCACCCUCUGGGCUGCCUACCACGGCAACCUGGAGUCGCUGCGCCUCAUCGUGAGUCGCGGGGGUGACCCGGACAAGUGUGACAUCUGGGGCAACACACCCCUGCACCUGGCAGCCUCCAAUGGCCACCUGCACUGCCUCUCCUUCCUGGUGUCCUUCGGGGCCAACAUCUGGUGCCUGGACAACGACUACCACACGCCGCUGGACAUGGCCGCCAUGAAGGGCCACAUGGAGUGCGUGCGCUACCUGGACUCCAUCGCGGCCAAGCAGAGCAGCCUCAACCCCAAGCUGGUGGGUAAGCUGAAGGACAAGGCCUUCCGCGAGGCGGAGCGGCGCAUCCGCGAGUGCGCCAAGAUGCAGCGCAAGCACCACGAGCGCAUGGAGCGGCGCUACCGGCGCGAGCUGGCCGAGCGCUCGGACACGCUCAGCUUCUCCAGCCUCACGUCCAGCACCCUGAGCGGCCGGCUGCAGCACCUGGCGCUGGGCAGCCACCUGCCCUACUCGCAGGCCACGCUGCACGGCACCGCCAAGGGCAAGACCAAGAUCCAGCGGAAGCUGGAGCGGCGCAAGCAAGGCGGCGAGGGCACCUUCAAGGUCUCCGAGGACGGCCGCAAGAGCGUGCGCUCGCUCUCGGGCCUGCAGCUGGGCAGCGACGUGAUGUUCGUGCGCCAGGGCACCUACGCCAACCCCAAGGAGUGGGGCCGCGCCCCGCUCCGGGACAUGUUCCUCUCGGACGAGGACAGCGUCUCCCGUGCCACGCUGGUGGCCGAGCCUGCGCACUCGGAGGUCAGCACCGACUCAGGCCACGACUCCCUGUUUACCCGCCCCGGCCUGGGCACCAUGGUGUUCCGCAGGAACUACCUGAGCAGCGGGCUGCACGGGCUGGGCCGCGAGGACGCGGCGCUGGACGGCGCGGGCACGCUGCGGGCUCGGCUGCAGAGCUCCCCCAGCCUGGACGACGACAGCCUGGGCAGUGCCAACAGCCUGCAGGACCGCAGCUGCGGGGAGGAGCUGCCCUGGGACGAGCUGGACUUGGGCUUGGAUGAGGACCUGGAGCCCGAGACAAGCCCGCUGGAGACCUUCCUGGCCUCCCUGCACAUGGAGGACUUCACCUCUCUCCUGCGGCAGGAGAAGCUGGACCUCGAGGCGCUCAUGCUGUGCUCCGACCUCGACCUCCGCAGCAUCAGCGUCCCCCUGGGGCCCCGCAAGAAGAUAAUGGGGGCCGUGCGGAAGCGGAGGCAGGCUCUGGAGCGCCCCCCGGCCCUGGAGGACACAGAGCUAUAACAGAGAGUUCCUCUCCCCAGACCAAAAUGAAUUGCAAGUUGCCACAAUUCAUGGUGGGGCCACAAGGUCCUCACAGUUGCCAGCCUUGCAGCUCCCCAGCCCCUCCCCAGCGGCAAAGACCACGUGGGUCAUCUCCCUUGAAAGCCUGUCCACACUCUGCAGCAGAGGGUAUGGCUGGAGGCACCAGAAGGCCAAGAGAGAGACCCAGAACAUCAAUUCUAAGGGGCCCUGGAGCCCCUAAGCCACCUGAUCUGAGUGGCCCUAAAGGAAAACCAGCCCCAGUGGAAGGGGGGGUUGGGGGUAGGCAUAGCCCAUCCCCAGGGCCAUUGUCUCUUCCCACCCCUCCUCCAAGGGUCCUGUUGUCACACUCAGGCUGGAGACUCAUUCAUCUCCUACAUUUUUGUGAAGGGAAGAGUUUGGGCUUCCUCCCCAUACACCCCCAAGAGGAGGGUCCCAGCUAGACUCUUCAGCCAAACACCUUAGCUUUAGUCCCCAUGCCUGCCCUGAGCACAGCCAGCCUCCUCCUCCCACUGGCUGUGCUAGGGAGCUGGAGUGCCAGGCUGGGGUGGGGUAGGGGUGACUGGCCCUCUUCCAAUUUAUCCCCGGGCAGGGCUUAGCUUGACUCCACCCUUCCCACCCUGUCCAUCUCCACUCUCUCCUCAGUUGUGGGGCCUGGCUUUUCCCUCCCCCAGGAUCCCAGAGGGUCAGGGCAAUAGAUGCAAGGUGCUAGGGCAUCAGCUGCAGUAUUAUGGCCCCAAGGCCUGGCAGGCAUGCUCUGGGCAGGGGAAAGGCAUCUCCCAACUGGCUCACAGUCUCCCAGGCCCAGGAUAGGAAGACACUGGUUGUGGCUGGGUGUCCAGCCUAGUGUGGGCAAGUCCUGUGAUGUGGACAAUCUAAAUUGCUGAUUGUCCCCAGGGCUCUGUGUUAGGAGAUGGGUUGGUGGAUUUUCACUCGAGGUCUGGAAGCUGCCUGGUUCUGUAUGGAUAGUGGGUAAGAGAGAGCUCAGCAUGGGUUCCUGCUCUGUGAUGCUGGUGAGACCACGGGAAAGGCCAGCCUCAGACGGUCCUCAGACCAAGGUCACAGAUGUGGGAGAUCACUCAGGAGCCCACACAUGUGUGUGCACAUAUACAUCCCCCUGCAGAUGUGCUCUUCCUCCUCUGUCACCAGUGGUCCCCCUGUCCAUGACCUUCAGCUUGGGAAGCAGCUCCCACUGCGAGUAUUGCCACAGACCCCAGCUCCUUCAUGGACCCCUCCUUGGCUGGGGCAGGGGAAAGAGAACCCCCAAAGAAGGACAGAGGUGGUCCCCCUUCCUACACUGAAGGCUUGGCUGCCUGCCACUGCCACCCUGAGCCCACCCCAGUCCCUCUCCCUGUUCUCUGGGCCUAGGCCUGGGGCCAUCCCCAAGUGCCGACUCGACUUUCCCAGAGCCCCAGGUGCUGCCCUUUCCCUCCUGUUCUCUGUCCAUAUACUGCCUCAGCCCCUCCUGGUUCUCUCAGUGCUAGGGUGGGGCAGGCUCCCUGAUUCCCACCACUGUACAAAGCAUCCCUUGGCAGGCUCAUUAUGAUUUUUCUAGAGAGCACUCU